AUGGUGGCUUGUCUUGAUGCGGUUGCGCCGUUCUGGGUUAAGUCGCCCCGUGACGUGGUUGGGGUUGCGGGCGGCAAAGCAGAGCUCAGCUGUCGUGUGGGCGGCGAUCCGACGCCGCACGUCACAUGGCGUCGCGUGGGCGGCCGUAUUCCAGUGGGCCGCGUGCGGGUGCUGCGAGACCGCGGGCUGCGGGUGUCGCCGCUGCGACCGGAGGAUGCGGGAGUGUACCUGUGUAAAGCAACCAACAGAGCAGCAGAAAUCACGGCCAACGCGUCCCUCACUGUCUUAACUUCACCGCGGGUGGUUGAGGUUCCUGGAGAUGUGGAGGUGGAGGAGGGAGCUCCCUUACUGCUGGUCUGUGCUGUCCAGGGCUACCCCCCACCUCUGGUCUACUGGACCCGCGAGGGCUCCCAGACCAUUCUACCAGCUGCCCGCACACCCAUGGACCCGGGAGUGGGCGGGGAGGAAGGGCUGGAGGGCAUUAAGUUGGCUUAUUCUGUGUCCCGAGCUGCCCACCCACACACGGGGCGGUACGUGUGUGGGGGUGUGAACAGUGCAGGAGGGGUGAUGACCCGUGUGGGAGUGAGAGUGCGUCCCGCCCACCUCCUGCCCCCGCCCAUUAUCUCCGUGGCCCCAAUCAACCAGACGCUGCCGUUAAGGGGGCAUGCUGCCCUGACCUGCCGUGUGUGGGGGUCGCCGCCCCCCACUGUCACCUGGAGACAGAACGGCCGUUUAGUGACUUCUGACACCCGGAGGUCACUGCUACCUGACAACACCCUCACUAUUGAUGAGUUAACUACAGAGGACGCUGGGGAGUACGCUUGCGUGGCGUCAUCAACACGUGGCGUCACGGAGUCGCGUGCCACACUUACCGUGGCUUCCCCCGCUCACCCGGGCGUGGUGUUCUCCCGCGCCCCCGAUCCAGACACCGCUCCACGCCCUCCUGCCACGCCCACGGUGCGUGCCAACAACGGCACGGCCGCCGUGGUGGAGUGGGCGGCCCCGGAGCGUCAGGGCGCGUCGCCCGUGACGGGUUACACCCUAGAGUACUACAGUAGUGCAGGGGCGGCAUGGAAGGUGGCAGCCGCCCACACGCCCCUAACCUCCUUCACCCUUGCUCCCCUCGACGCCGCCAGCACCUACGGUGUCACCGUCCGCGCCCAUAACUCCCACGGGGUGUCGGAACCCUCUGGGAUAGCGGAAGUGGGCGUGGGUGGAGGGUGGGUGCGGGCAGAAGAGGAAGAGACGGCGCUGCAGGAAGUGAAGGUGAUGCUGCAGGAUGCUGUCACUACUGGACCAGCAUCAGCUAAGAUUCUCUGGCAGAUGAGUGGAGAAGGCAGCACGGUCGAAGGCUUCUAUAUACGCCUACAUCACGUCUCUCGAGAGCACCAUCCAUCCACCGCCCAGGUCACGGCAGCCGGGGCCAAACCACGACCCAAAGCCUGGGUGAUGCCACGGACCGCGGGAGAGACAGGGAAUUCUACGGUAGUGACGGUGUUGAACGCUGGUCCUGGUGCUUCCUCGUACGUGCUGCACGGCCUCUUCCACUACCGUGCCUACACCGUAUUUCUCGUGCCCUUCUUCAAGACUUUCGAAGGUCACCCGUCCAACAGCCGGACCUUCGAGACUCCGGAAGCAGCACCCACCAUGGCACCAGAGGGAGUGAGUGUUCAGCUGACCAAUGUCACCACUGCAUCAAUCUUCUGGUCACCGCCUCCACCACUACACCGCAAUGGCCCCAUCACUGGCUACCAGCUGGAGGUGGUGUCUGCGGACGGUGCGGUGUUCCUGUCGCAGGCGGUGAACGGGUCGGUGCGGUCACUGCGGGUUCACAACCUCACCCUGGGUAACUCUUACCACCUCACCCUGGCUGCAUCCACCGCCGCCGGCAGGGGGCCUUACACCUCCCCUGUCUCCCUGCAUGUAGACCCUGUUCUGCUCCACCCCCUGGCCAAGUCAGGGCCAUCACUGGCUUCCCUGGAUGGAGACGUGUGGGUGAUUGGACUGAUCGGAGCUGCUGUCUUCUGCUUGCUGCUGGUCUCCGUGGCCACCCUCCUGCUCUGGAGGAGACAUGCGAGGAACAAGGCCUUAGGACACGUUGGUGCUUAUGCUGUAUUCUGUGUCCGGUCUGCCCUCACCUUCUCCAAUUCGCAUGCUCUUACAUUUGCUUGGGUUGAACUUGAGAAGUCUGUUGUUUGA